AUGAACAACACCAGCUUCCUGUCACAACAGGUCAACAACAGCAUUCACCAGCUGCAUGCCUUGUUCGACGAGAUCGGCGUGGCGAGCCAUGAGCGCGAAUCGCGCGAGGCAGAGCUCUUCAAUGCCCUGUCGGAAGCGCUCGAGAAUCAGGUCCGCAUCGUGACGGCGGAGAAGAAGGAGAUGGUCGACGAGGCGCGGAGGACGAUGACCUGCAUCCGCCAGAUGGAGGCCUCGCUCGACAGCUCGAGGCCCCGACGAUCGCACGACCAAGACGACGAGUUCCAAAUCACAUAUCCGCUGAACCGCUGCCUGCAGGCACUGAAGGAGAAGAGCAGCCAGCCGCAGAGGGCGCCGCCGAGCGUGUGCCGCUGCCGUCCGUCGCUAACGGAGAGGGUGCGCGCAGAGCUCGUCGAGGCGCUCGAGUCGUACUCGUCCCACCUCGAACCCGGCUUCGUCCGGAUGGCGCUGCCCCCCACGGGCCCGAACCAAUCGAUCCCGCCGACCUUUGACCUGUCCCCGGCCUACGUCGACGGCCUCGACGGCGAGUUCACGCGCGUCUACGACGAGUACACGCGUCGCAUCGCCACCGUCCAGUCGCUGUCGGACGACAUCAUCCAGCUCUGGGCCGAGCUCGGCAUCCCGCAGGCGCAGCAGGACGGCGCCAUCGUCCAGUUCUCGCGCGACGCGCCCGAGCAGCUCGGCCUGCACGACGAGGAUCUUGCCCGCCUGCAGACGAAGCGCGACCGGCUCGCCGACGAGAAGAAGAACCGCGAGAGGCGGCUGCGCGACCUCCGGGCCGCCGUCGAGAACCUCUGGGACAAGCUCGGGGUCGAGGCGGCCGAGACCAAGACGUUCCUCAACCAGAACCGCGGCUGCGGCGUGCGGCAGAUCAACGAGUUCGAGGACGAGCUCGCGCGGCUCCACGAGCUGAAGCGACAGAACCUACACCUGUUCGUCGAGGACGCCCGGGUGAAGCUGCAGGACCUCUGGGACGCGCUCUACCUGUCCGAGGACGAGAUGCUCGACUUCACGCCCGCCUUCUCCGACGUCUACAGCGACGCCCUGCUCGAGGCGCACGAGCGCGAGGUGAGCCGGCUCGAGGCCCUCAAGGAACAGCGGGCGCCGACGCUGGCGCUCAUCGAGAGGCACCGGACGCUCAUCAGCGACCGCGACGAGCUGGCGGCCUCGAGCCAGGACGCCUCGCGGCUCAUGAUGCGCGGUCAAAAGGGGGAGAAGCGCGACCCGGGGAAGCUGCUGCGGGAGGAGAAGAUGCGGAAGCGGAUCGCCAAGGAGCUGCCCAAGGUGACGGCCGAGGCGCGCCGGAUGCUCGAGCAGUGGGAGGACGAGUACGGCAAGCCGUUCCUCGUCUUCGGCGAGCGCUACCUCGACGAGCUCGAGGCCGAGGCGCCCAAGCCGGCCGCCGCCGCCGCCGCCGCCGCCGCCGGGACGCGGUCCAAGACGCCGGCCGGGCCGCCACCCUCGCACGCGAACGCGAACCCUUCCAGGGCCGGCGGCCACAGCCGGGCCAACAGCACCAAGUCGGCAUCGGCCAAGGCGCCGACCACGGGUCACGGCACGCUGACGAAGAAUUCCCUCGUCGCCCUCGGCAAGGGCAGCCCGUCCAAGAUUCCGGCGCGCAUGCCGCUGUCGAACAUGAAGAACGGCAACAACUCGCCCGAGCGGCCGCGCGUCGAGUCGAGGGCGGCCUCGAGGGCGGCCUCGAGGGCCGAGUCGAGGGCCGAGUCGAGGACGGCGAUGCACCGGACCGGUGCGCCCCUGCGGGCGCCGCCGCCCAAGAUGCGCGACCUCGAGGCGGUGCCGGAGCUGGCGCCGACGCCGGCGAAGAAGCAGAAGCAGUGCAUGGCCGACGACGACGUCUACGACGACGGCGCGACGCGGACGACGCGUUCCAACUCGAACCAGUCGUACCGCACGCAGGCGAGCGGCUACGGCGAGCAGCGGCCUUGCGACGGCCGCUACGACGUCGUCGAGGUCGGCGGGUCCAGGGGAUUCCAAGGGUACGCGCCGGCGCCCGGGUCCCGGCAAAUAUCGAACACGUCGACGGUCGUCUCGGGAGGCACGACCGUCGUCUCGGCCGGCUCCGAGAACUGGGAGACAUACGAGGACGCGAGCGAGCCGGAGCCGGAUGCGUCCGAGGAGUACUACGCGAGGGUCCGGGCGGCGCGCGGAAAGCGGUUCGAGCCGGAGCAGUGCCCGCGGCCCGGCAGCCAAGCCAAGCGGGCGAGGGGGGUCCCGCCGCCGCCAGGGUACGCCGGGCCCGUCAUGAUCGAGCCCGACGGCCAGCGGAUCAUCUCGGGCAGCGAGUGGACCGACGAGGAAGUUUUCUGA